AUGGCGCUUUCUGCCAAUGCAGAAGAUGCUCUUAAUCUGGAUCCGAACAGCAAGAAUGCCUCUGCCAAAAGCAUUCCCGGGCGUAACACAAGCAAGCAACAAGUAAGACAUCGUGCAUCUGUUGCCUGUGCGUCAUGUCGCGAUAGGAGAAUACGAUGCGUGGUUCCCAAGAAUCAGACCGAAUGCACCGCUUGCGCAAAGUCAGGCUCAGAGUGCAUCAUUAAAAAUGACGAUGAGCGUAGACGAAUCUCAAUGCUUGAAGGCUUACUUUUGGAAAAGGGUGUGGUACCCCCUCCGGCGACUCAUCCUCCCAAAACAAGGCACGAUCAAGACGCCGUAGCCACUACGGCGGGCAAUACUGACCCAUCUCCACAAUCUGACUCAAAGUCCCCAGGUAGUGAGGACCACUCUCCACCGGACUAUCAGAACGACGAUUUCACAACACGUGAGAGUGAACUUGCGACAACAAAUUCUCGUAAUAACCAGCAAGCGUACUCUCGUUCGAACGAAGAUUCGCCAUUUCGGAUUCUGGAUCCCAAGCAAGAGGAUAUAAUCCAUCGACUUUUAUCGACCAAGGGCAACCUCUCAUUCGACCAAAUCUCUGGAAGGCUGCGAUUCUUUGGUCCCACAGCCAACAGCCAUGUUUAUGCUGAAUCAACAAGUCUAUCAUAUGCCCAUGAACCGCCGGAACAAAUCCGAAGAGCAGAGAGGAUGAUUCAAUCUCUGGGCUCGGAGACACAUGACUAUCUUGUGGAUGGUUUCUUUCACUACUAUAAUUCUGUCAUUCAAGUCAUUGAUCGAGAUGCUUUCGAAGCUGACCGAAUCUCGAAGUCGUCAAAGUUUUACUCUCAUUUUCUUCACAUCACAGUAUUGGCCAUGGGGUAUCGUGUGGCCGAUAUGGACCGAGAUGAUAUGCGCAGGAUUACACUGAGCCCAAGAGAAAGCUCUCUUCAUAGAGAAGCCAAACACAUGCUUGACAUCGAGCUCGAGCGUCCUGGUGGUAUCCCUAGUGUUCAGGCGUUAUUGUUGCUUGGAGAUCUUGAAUGUGGUGUCGGUAGAGAUAAUACCGGCUGGAUGUACUCUGGUGAGACUUGA